AUGCUGGCGCGCCUGACUGCGGCCAUUUUUGGCGACGGGGAACAGUUGGGCGUCCCUACACCAGGCCAUGGCGGGAACCUGUUCCACGCCUCACCUGCAACUUCGCAGGCACCAGGCGCGCCCUUUCGAUCGAUUGGAACGCCUCCAGUUAUCCACUUGUCGCCUCACGCCUGCUGGCGCCCACUGCCACGCCCCUCGAAUGCGUCGCCCCAGGUGAGGACGCCUCCUGGCUCACUCCAACCCGAUACUGCCGCGGCUUUUGGAAUUCGGAAAGUCCGCGUCGUGGAGGAGCCCUGCGUCGUCGCCUCCCCUGCGGUGGCGGAAAGCUGCCCGACGUCAACAGAGGAAAGCAGCCAAACGCGCGAGCCUCCAACCUGUCCUGCGCUCCACGGAGCCUCUCGCCCUUGCCAACCAGACUGCUUCCCGGAGCGCAAUCGGGCGCCUGAUAGUCAUCUGCAUAUCUCACUGCGCGAAAAUAGAAACCCUUCCUGUGAGCAGAGAGCGGCCUUGCUGUGCGCCUGCGGCUCGGGUGUGCGUGUGCGGAAACAACUCGGCGGCGAGCAGCUCAGCGAGAGCUCCCAGAUUUCGAUAUCUUCCGGCCCACUUGCCCGCGAGGAGGCCGCGCACCAGCCAGAGCGGAGACAGCAGCUCUACGACGACAGAAGCGGGGAGGCGCGAUUGCGAGCCAAUUCGUCAGACCGUCCCUUGGGAUCAAAGGCUAUCUACCCCUCUGCGUCUACCGUCUUGGGAAACCCGAAACGGUUCAAUCUACGCCAGUCUCUGUGGCCUUGGCCGGAUACACAUGCUCCUCUCUCGUCGCGAGAAGCUCGUGACGACUCUGCACCCGCGACGAAGGUGUCGCAGGCGGAACGCGCGGCGCUGGCUCAAGCGCCGCUCGCUGUGACCUCGCCGACGGCCGGGCCUCGUAUGCCCCCCCACGUGUGCUCGCCUGUAUCCGCCCGGCUUUCGCCUUGCUCAUCGUCUUCGGAUCCUGCGUCUCCUUGCAUCUGUGCCUCUUUGCCACCCGAUUCGCAGGGUCCAGCAGCCCCACCCGCCGCUACUUCCUCGCAGGCGCUUUCAGCGGCGCCGAAAGCGCUCGGGGCCUAUGCCCGCGCUUCGUCUGGGCGACCGCGUGCUGCGCUUGCUCACGGAACUGCUGCCAAGAAGCCGAGCGCGCUCCCCACCCGAGGAGACGCCCGAACGCCUGCGAACCACGGCCUCCCGGGGCUGCGCCCUGUGAAACCUUCAGGAAAACCCUCAGCAACCAGCUCCCGUCUUUCAUCCUCUGCCGGCGCUCGUUCUUCUGCGCCGCAUCUUCCGCCUCUCCGGAACGCCCACGUAUUACUCGCGGACACGCCUGCGCCUCCUCGCUCUCUGGAUGGCGGGCAGGCACCGAGAGAGACAGCAGCGACCGCUCCGUGUCGGUCCCGCGAGACCACAGUCGGCCGGCAAGGCGCAGCCCCCCGCGCGCAGGAGGCCGUCCUUGCUGAGCAGAAGCAACGCGCCAGGGCGACGACAAAAGGCCAGACAGCGCAGGCAGACGCAUGUCUCCACUCACCGCCGCGGUUUCGCUCGCUGUCCCUCAGCUCCUACGCUGGUGUCUCCGCGGGCCCCCCACACGCUCGGUCGCACUCUUCCGCGCCUGCGCUCGUUUCACAGCCGGCGGCGACUCGGCCUCAGCCGCGGCAGCGCCGUAACGGGACGAGUGCUGAUGCCGACGCGCGGCGCGACCCUGGUAAACCCGGCAGACCCAAGGAGCCUACCUCUGCAAGUCGACGAGAGUGGAUGGAGAACCACCGUCAAGACGGUCAGAGACCAACACCGUGGACACGCAGCGCAGGGCCGCAGGAAGGCCUGACGCGCAAUGGAAACGAACUGAGGGCAUGCACAAGGUGCCCCCCGGAGACACGCGAGGCCCCUGUCUGGCGGCAAGGUGGCAGUCAAAAGAACCUGGAGGAAACACAGAACGCGGCAGCCGACCUUCAGGCAAGCGCGCAGGAGCUCAGAGAGCGCUUAGCCGACACGCGAACCGAGCGAGGACGAACUCGCACACGAGGGCCUUUGCUGCCGUCGACUGGUUGGCGCGGGCGGUCAGGUGACGCCCCCGCAGCCGCCAAAACGCGAGGCCUGGGGCUAGCGAAAGUGGGCCGAUGCGUGGCAAGGGCAGGGGUGACUACAGACGAGCGACGCAGCCUGACACGGAUCUGCGGCGCGACGGAGGAGACGACGAGUACACAACGUGAAAGUGUCCUCACCAGUGCGACACCUUGUGCGGCGCCUGCGAGUCCGCAGUCGGCGGCAGAGCUCGACUCGGGAGCCGAAGCAAGGAAGCGUCCAGGCCUCGCAGAAGGCACAGCGGCGCGCAUGCCGAGCGCCUUGGAUUUGAACGAGAGGCAGCGGGAACGGCUCGCGCAGGAUAGUGGACGUGAGAGGCAUAAGGGGAAGAACGACGGAUGCGAAGGAGGCGCCAGAGGAGGACGAGACGCGCAGAGCGUCGAGGUAGACUCUGCCUCUGUCGCUCCCGGAACCGAUCGACCGGGAGACUGGAGACAGCCGCGAAACGUUGGGACCCGCCGGUCAGGACUGAGUUCAGAUUCUGCAGCUGACCCUCGACUCGAUGCAGCAGCGACUACCCUCAAGGCAGCACCUGGGCGUCGUGAGUCGCUCCGACGUGGCGACGGGCGCGUCGCCGCGGGUACAGACACUGCGCAGGAGAAACACGCAGUUGACCGAGAGAGCCCCGGCUCGGAUUUGUCGCGGGUUUUGACCUCGUCGGAGUGUCAGGAAAUGCUGUGGAGCGACGGGCUACUUCCUGGAGAACAAAGCAGGCCUGGCGUCUUCUCAACUCCAGAGGAGUCUCCAGGCGACGUAGAAAAACAACGAAUGGUGCAGCAGCUGAGAAUACAGGAGCUAGGCGACGCAUCUGUGGAGACGCGGACGGUCUGCGCAGAAACGAAAAUGACGACGGCGUCAAAAUCAGCGACCCCAGCUGCCUCCUUUGAUCUGCCUCAUCUGUCUUCUGCUUCCUUGGCUUCCGCUCCUCCGCCUUCUGCGUGGGGCCCUCGCGGGCGUCAGCGGCGACCGGUGUUCGAGUCUUUUGCGUCGCACCCAUCCUGCGUCACGUCUUCGCCCUGUCUCUCUGUCACUCCGUAUCCUUCGUUCAGCCUUCUUCCGCCGUCGGCGCGCCGGUCCUUCACGCCGACGACUCCUGAGCAGUGGGAAGAAGGCGCAGAAGAAGCCAAGGCGCGGGGCUCCGAAGGCGCGAGCGCAAGGGAGCAGGAAAUACUCCUCCGCGACAGUGCGGGUUCGAUUCACCUGUUUCGUCUUCCAUCGUUCCUCGCGGCGGGCUGCAGACCCGCCACCUCGCCCGACUCGCAGUGGACGUGGGGGCCCUCGUCGCCAACGCCGCGCAAGCGAGGACUCGAUGAGGCAGCAUCGGAGCCCAGCGACCCAGAGCGUUACGUCGAGCCGCGUCCUCGCGCGCGAGCUCCGCCGCGGCGCUCCAGUCGUUCCUCUGCGAGGCCUGCCGCGUCUGUCUCGCGGCAGUGUGGGCAUUGCGGAGAACCCGACUACACUGAUAUCCGGCUGGGGCCUACAAGCCCAGCAGCGGCGACGAACCAGGCUGCGGAGGACCCGUCGCCAAACACAGGGGGAGCGGCGCGCGGAGCGCGGAGAGCUGAUGUGGCGUCUAGAGGGGCACCGAGAGAGGGAAACAGCGCGCCAGGCAGAAGAGAAGAAUUGGGGCGCGAAGGCGCAUUUUUCGAUGCGUUUGCGUCGUGCCAAGUGCGUAGGGGAGAAAAAGGCGCGAUGCAGAAAGACAGACUGGAUGUGUUUGAUCCAGGGCGAGAGGAGGAACCGGCCGGAAGCCUUCCACAUCUUCUGUCACCGUCCGCCUUCCGCGUGAGUGGAGUCGUCCCUAGCGCAGAUCGUCUAGCGUGUGACCUGAAGCCGCCGGCGAGCGUAGGCAGCGAGCGUGACCAGACGAUGGAGACGCGAGAAUCCGCAGUAGACAAAACCAGCGAGAAAGGACAAAGGCUCGAGGGAGGGAGUGCCGAAAGGGGGGGUUCCAGACCCCCCGGCGAACAGGGCGCGAGGCCUCGAGCGGGGGCGCAGGCAGAACACGUGAGGCAGGUCGCAUCAGGCACCUUGCAGUUUCGUCUUGCUUCAUCGACGUCGGAGGCGGACAACACAGGAGAGGAGACCGACUUUCUGGUCGCGGCGUCGAAUCCGCACUCGUCAACUCCGAGCGGAGAGUACGCGGAUCCCGCGCACUUUUUCUUCACAGAGAAAGGCUCCUGGACGGGCACACGAAGCACAAAAAAACUUGCUUCUCCGCGCUCCUGCUUGCCAUCGCAUGAGUCGCCCUGGUGCUGCCGGCCUUCGUGGCCUUCGCUCGAGGCUCGAGACGCGCGGUCUCCACUACCCUCGUCGUCUUUUACAGGCGACUCGCCUUUGUCUGAGGUCGCGAAAACCGCGCCUUCGCAGCCAGGCUUUCGUGGGUUUCUCUGCGGGUCCUCCGCUUCAUCGAGCUCCGUGUGUGCGUCGGCUGGCGUGCGCGUCAACACACUGCAAGAGAACUACGGCUGCGAGGCCUCUCUCGCGUCUUCGCUUGCGUCUUCUGAGAUACGACAUAGCACACACACAGCAAGCGGGGCACACUUGGCUUCCUUGAAAAUCCAAAGUGAGGCUGUAUCGCUUACGGGUGAACUUUGCACAUUCGCCUCGGCAUUCGCUCCAUUCGAGAGAAGCCUGGAGAGGCGACGCGCGCGCGGAGAGACGCAGCUUCCGCAGGGGAACACCACGCCGCGGAGAGCUUUUUCGAGCGCUAUCCUGCAUGAUUUCUCAUUGAGCGAAAGAGGAAGGGAUGUGCCGGAUAUCGAGCGCCUGGAGUUCUCACUCUUGACGAAACCGCCCGCUGCGGCCGUCGCGGACGGCGGGGGGCCUGCGCGUACGUCUCGCUACGAGGUUUCAGGCAGGGAAAAGAGCGGAAGAGUGGAGAGUUCGAGCUGGUUUGGUGCUGGCGCAGGCGCCGACGAAGACGCCGACAGACCCCCCAGAAAGAGUGCCCUGUGUGUCGGCUGUAGCUAUAUCGGGACGUUCUGUGAACUCGAGGGGGCCGUCGCAGACUGCCUCGCCUUCGCGGAUGUGCUUCGCUACAGCCUCGGGUUCGACAUCGUCAGGUGCCUCUACACCGAGACGCGCGCAGGGGCGGCAGUGGCGGAGGAGACACUUCACUCUCCAACAAAGACCAAUAUCCUCAAGCACCUUUCAGCGCUCGUCGAGAACGGCCGAGCCGGCGACGUGCUGGUGUUUUUCUUCUCCGGCUGCGGAGUGCAAUUGGCGCCCGAGCAUCCGUACUUCGCCCCGCAUUUCCCCGAGGCGGCUCUGCUGCCUGAGGACUUUUGCGCCGACAGAGGUUCUGCGAAGCGCCUUCUGGCGGGCGCCGAGUUGAGGCAUCUCAUUUCCGCAGUCGCUCCUGGGGUUCAGGUGUGUCUGAUUCUCGACUGCGGUCAAGCGCACCUGCUGCUGCCGUCCCUCGCGUCCUGCUACUUCUCGGCCGAGAGCCUAUCGCCGCAAGCGGCUCAAGAGAGGCCAGCUGGCGCCUUCCCGCAGCUUGACCGGACGGGCACGGAAACGGAUUUUUCCAGUGGGAAUGCGGCUCAGGACGUCCGUAACGAUUUAUCCGCGGCUGCUUCUCAGGCGUCCACCCUGCUUUCGUCGUCUGCGUUUUCUCGGCCGGAUUCGAAUGCAGCUGGCUCGUCCCUCUUGUUCGCUGCCUCUGGACCGUUCGCCUCGUCGUCGGCGUUUCCGGCGGGCUCGGCGCGCCCGCCACAUAGAGGCCUUCCGCCGCCUGCAGCCCGCGGGCUACAGUAUCGUCCGCGAUUCAAGAGUGCAGGCGUCUUUCCUUGCAGCCCCUUGCCGCGUUCUUCUGAAGGUCAAGGUCGGCCGCUCCACGCGCUGGCUGGAGAGGCUGUCCCUUCGCUUUUGCUUUCGGCGAAGAGGUUUUCCGAGGCAUUGGGGUCAGCGCAGGCCGACACCAAGGAUUCAAGCACAGCGUCAGUCUUCGCCUUCAUCCCCGAUGAACAGACGCCGGCGGCUGAGGUCCUGCUGCGUGGAGCCGAAAGGCCGACAGGCUGGUUAACGCAUCGACUUCUAACAGCACUCCAGACCCUACCGGCAGGCGCGUCCUACUUCGAUGUGGGCGAUCACGCUGCGACUGCUUGCCUCCAUCUUCAGCCUUCCAUGCAUCUCUCUGCAACCGGCGAGGCGCGUAGCUUCGGGAUGCAGUACGCCAGAAUGGGCGCGUUCCAGGGAGCAGAGAAAUUCAGGCUUUGCUUCACUCCUCACACCCCGCCGCACUCGUGCGCUUUCCUCUCCCAUGAACCUGCAGUCUCUUCGCUCUUUCCGGUGUCUUGUCGUCGGUAUCCCUACUACGUGCCGCCUUCCUUCGCUGCAGGGCCGAUUUCUCGUCAGGCCAGCGUUGGGCGCUUGUUCGCGCCCAACGCUUCCUGUGCUGCGGAGAGGCCUUGCCGUCGCUCUUCUGAAUGUCCCCACACAGCCUCUGCCCGCGCCUCGUCUUCUGCGUCGCCGCGCGCUUCGCAUUCUGCCCUCACAUCCGCGUCUGGUUCUGGUCGCUCGCUGCUUUUCUGCGCGGCGCCUUCGGCUACUCUCUCGGAUUCUUCAUCUGCGUCCCUGUCAUCCGCGUCUUCCGCUCUUGCGCGCUUCGCCCCGUGCUCCCCCCCGCAGCCACGCCUCUGGGAGCUUCCUGCAGAACGCGUGUCUUGUUCUAGGGCGCUUUCUCCCUUCCUGGCGGCUCGCCCGCUUUCGCCUUCGUGUUCACCAGGUCCCCUCGACCCUCCCUGUGGCGCACGGUUGCUGCGUCGUUCGUGGGAGUCUGCGUCGUCCUCCGCCUCGGCGCGUCCCAAGCAGAGAUCCAGCCCGCUGACCGCAGCCGCCUGGGCAGCUUCCCCUACACCCGUCUGCGAACAGGCCCUCCGCGCGCGGGAGUGUCGCGCGCGGCUCCUGUGGAGGCGCGCAGUGGAGAGCGUCGCGUCAGGCGGGGCGGAGCAGACGCAGCUCAAGAGCGACGCAGCGCUCACGCGAUGCGCAGCGCUGGAGGAGGAUUGCGUGUUCACCGUAAAUGGAAUCUGGUUCGCCGAUGGCAUGCUGGGACACUGA